ACAUUUCUAUCAGCAGCGGCUGGUGCUGCCACAGCAAGUAGAAGUCAGCAAUGGACUACCUCAGAGCAUGUUUCCUCUCUGCCUUUCUUUUAGCUGUAUGUAUUCCAAUAAUCAGGGCAGUGGAGACACAGCCUUCACCCAUCACAAAAGAUCAUCUUCUAGUUCUUACCAUAGCUACCAAAGAAACAGAUGGAUUUCUCCGCUUUAUGCAAACUGCAAAGUUCUUCAACUAUUCUGUUAAGGUUCUAGGUCAAGGAGAAGCAUGGAAAGGUGGCGAUGUAAGCAACUCAAUAGGUGGUGGUCAGAAAGUGAGGCUACUGAAAGAAGAAAUGAAAAAUCAUGCUGAACAAAAAGAUCUGGUAGUAAUGUUUGUUGACAGCUAUGAUGUAAUCUUUGCUGGUGGCCCAGAAGAACUCUUGACAAAGUUUCAGGAAACAAAUCACAAAGUUUUGUUUGCUGCUGAAGGAUUGAUAUGGCCAGAUAAAAGGCUAGGAGAAAAAUAUCCUGUUGUGCGAAGUGGAAAAAGAUUCCUCAACUCAGGAGGUUUCAUUGGUUAUGCUCCUCAAAUCAAUGAAAUUGUGGGACAGUGGCAACUACAGGAUAAUGAUGACGACCAGCUCUUUUACACAAAACUAUAUCUGGAUUUUACUCAAAGGGAACGUAUAAAUAUUACCUUGGAUCAUAAAUGCAGAGUUUUCCAAAACUUAAAUGGUGCAACAGAGGAAGUUGCGCUGAAGUUUGAAAAGGGAAGAGCAAGAGCAUGGAAUUCUAUGUAUGAGACAUUUCCUACAGUCAUCCAUGGCAAUGGACCUACCAAAAUUCUACUGAAUUACUUUGGAAACUACAUCCCUAAUGCAUGGAACCCUGAAACAGGUUGUGGUAUCUGUGAAGUGGAUACUCUAGAGUUGUCAUCAUUAAGUGAAUUUCCUCAGGUGACUAUCGGUAUUUUCAUUGAGCAGCCAACACCAUUUGUGCCCGAGUUCCUUGAAAGAAUUUUGGCCUUGGAUUAUCCAAAAGAGAAACUGAGCAUAUUUAUUCACAACAAAGCAGUUUACCAUGAAAAACAUAUCAAGACAUUCUGGGACCAAACUAAAAAUGUCUACAGAAGCAGGAAGCUUGUAGGUCCAGAGGAAGACUUGAGUGAAGGAGAAGCCAGAAAUAUGGGACUAGAUGCCUGUCGCCAGGACAAGGAGUGUAAAUAUUACUUCAGUAUUGAUGCAGAUGUGGUAUUAACAAACCCUAAAACUCUGGUGCUACUGAUCGAGCAGAACAGAAAAAUAAUCAGCCCUCUUGUCACUCGUCAUGGGAAGCUUUGGUCAAACUUCUGGGGUGCAUUGAGUUCUGAUGGCUAUUAUGCCCGCUCUGAAGAUUACAUUGACAUUGUCCAAGGAAAAAGAGUUGGUGUGUGGAAUGUCCCAUACCUGGCUCAUAUUUACCUGAUAAAAGGUGAGACCCUUCGGUCCGAGUUGAAAGAAAGGAAUUACUUUAUCCUUGAAAAACUAGACCCUGACAUGGCAAUGUGUAGAAAUGCAAGGGAAAUGACUUUACAAAGGGAAAAAGACUCCCCUUCUCCGGAAACAUUCCAUAUGCUCAGGCCCCCAAAGGGGGUGUUUAUGUACAUUGUGAAUCGACAUGAGUAUGGAAGAAUUAUUUCAACUGCAAAUUAUAACAUCAGUCAUUAUAAUAAUGAUCUGUGGCAAAUCUUUGAGAAUCCAGUGGAGUGGAGACAAAAGUACAUUAAUGAGAAUUAUACCAAGAUAUUCACAGAAAAUAUUUCCGAGCAGCCAUGCCCGGAUGUUUUCUGGUUCCCUAUACUUUCUGAGAAAGCUUGUGAUGAACUGGUUGAGGAAAUGGAGCACUAUGGUCAGUGGUCUGGUGGCAAAUACACAGAUCACCGUUUGUCAGGGGGCUAUGAAAAUGUACCAACUGAUGACAUACAUAUGAGUCAAAUAGAAUUCGACAAGGAAUGGCUCCACUUCAUAAGGGAGUUCAUUGCUCCAGUGACACUAAAAGUGUUUGCUGGGUAUUAUACGAAGGGUUAUGCAUUACUGAACUUUGUUGUUAAAUACAAUCCAGCAAGACAAGCUUUCCUCAGACCCCAUCAUGAUGCCUCUACAUUCACCAUUAACAUCGCUCUUAACAAGAAAGGAAUUGAUUUUCUGGGAGGUGGUUGCAAAUUUGCCAGAUACAAUUGCACUAUUGAAUCUCCAAGAAAAGGAUGGAGUUUUAUGCAUCCUGGAAGAUUAACUCACUUGCAUGAAGGACUUCCUACUACUAAAGGAACACGAUACAUUGCAGUGUCUUUUAUUGAUCCCUAAAAAUACAGUUCUGAUGAAUACAGAUUCAGUUGAAAGUUGCAAAAUAUGAUUCAUUUUGAGAAAGUUUCAACCUAGCCAUUUGCCUGUAUGUUUUACAUUUUUUUUUAUCUUCAAUAUUUUCAGGAAAAUAAAAAAGAGAGAGAGAGAUAAUAUGGACGUAAAGUCAUGUAAAACACCAUUAGCGAGCAUUAAGUUGGAAAAGCAACUCUUUGCAAGAGCAGAAAGUGAUUUCUGAUUAUUUAUUUAUUUGCUGAUGAAACUACUAGAGGGAAAGUCAUGAUAAUAAAUGCAGGAUUCUGCUCUAAUGUGUGACAUAAAUUAUGGCAUUAAUAAAGGAGAACAUUAACAAUCAUUUAAAAUAAUAGUGGCAGAGGUAGACUUGUAUCCAUAAUUUUUGAUGAUCAUGACACUGCCUCAGUGCCAUUUUUUCAAUCUGUAUGACCAGUGUUUCUUUGGUGCUAUCUGUAUAUUUUAGAAAUGUAACUGAAAAAGAUGGAAGAGCAGGAAUUCAACAUUUAGUAACUCAUAAGCACAGUUAAGGCUUGUGCCAUCUCAUUGGUGAUGUAUGGGUUACUUUAAGGCUUGUGACAUCUCAUUGGUGGUGUACGGGUUACUUAUCUGACUUAUAAAACUUGUAGAUGAUAUUUAUGGUAACUCAUUGAAAAAGACACCUUCAGUGAUCAUCUUUAUUAGAUAUAAUAUACACAAAUGUAUAAAAAUGAUGACAUAUUACAGCAGUAUAUUUCAAUGUUUACUUUGGCAUCUCAUACUAAAUUAGCUUACCUACCCAUGAACUAUGCCAAAGGAAUACAAGUAUAGAUAAGAAUGGUUUAAUGUAAACACUAGAAUGGUUGAUCAAGUCAGCAACCUGCAUUAAGUUGAUAAAGUCAUCCUUAAACCUACAAUGCCAAAUUAUCAACAGUGUUACAAUUAGAAGACAACUUGAGAAAUUAAACUUGUCAGACAAGGAUACUGGGUGGGAAAUCUCAGCAUAAAUGCUGCUGUUUUUGUGGGGGUAAUGUGAGAUAAAUACAAUGUUGGUAAAUACACUAUUGGCUGAUUACAUGCCUGCCAUUUACUGGCUGAUUACAUGCCUGACAUUUAAAAUGCAUCCUUUUAUGUUACAUUUUAAGUUACCUGAUGUGUUGUCUAGGUUGGUAAAAGUGCCUUGUUUUUAGUCACACUUGCCUAGAGUUUAUUGUUCUUUACAUGAAAAGCCAUAUGCACUAGUGAACAAUUUCAUGCUGUAUAAAGGAGGUAACUGACAAGUGAAAUCAUAUAUGUGACUUAUUGCAAAGUUAUCUUGUAUAGAUCUGCUGUUCUCAGUCAGAAAUGCAUUAUUUUGAUCACUGUGGGGUAAUUUAUUAUUGACACUGCUGUUAGAGUAAUAACAAACAAAACUUUACAUUUUAUCCCAUAUCAGAACUAUUUUUGCUGCUCAUAACCUAUGAAGUAUGAUUAAGUGUUACAGUGAAAGGUGUAGUGAUAUUAACAGAUGUAACAUGAGAAUAAGCAUUGGAUAAUACCCAGUUCUGCUUCACUGUAGUGAAUAUUUAUAUUACUUUUAAAAAAGAAACCCUGCAUUGUGCUGCAGUGUCUUUUCUGCCUUAUCUAAGUAUUUUUUCAAUAUACUAUAUCCACAGUUUCACAUUUGCUACUAAAAACAAGGUAAUUUGCCUUAACCAUGAUAAAGUACAGUCAAGAAACAUGCCAACAAAUCCCUUUCCCCCCUAAUUCUUUGAUGGUACAAGACCACACAACGGUACAGGUUUAUAAAUAAGAUAUCACCCCAUUGUUCUUAUCCUAACUGGAAAAGCAGUGCAAUCUAUAAAGGUAAUUUUCCUGUAGUAAUAUGCAUAUUAUGCAGGCAUGAUUUUGUCCCAUUUAAGUACAUCUUUCAAGAUGAUAUCAAAGUACCUUCCGAGUGAUACAGUGCUGCUAAAUUAAAUUGUAUGGUAGUCAAAUCUGCAGCGCCUACUCUUUGAAGGGGCUAUCUGUUAAAAAUAUAUGUAGGGAUGCAUUCUUUAAAAUAGACUUAGCAUGUGUCUUGACUUUGACUCUGCUUUUAUUGUGCUUAAUACCUGUAUAAGAAUUCCCUUCCCUGAUACAAUGAAGCAGUGCUUAGGAACUUUGGUAAAUGGGAAGAAUAAACUAUACCUAUGUAUGUUUUUGAAAUACACAACAAGAUCAGUGUCUUAAAAUAAAAAAAAAUAAUUAAACAUUAUUAUUCAUAUACUAUGCAAAUUCAGUUACUGGAUCCAAUUAUUCUAGCUUUACUUUAAGUCUAACACUGUGUUCCAUCAAAUUAAUAAUUUCCUUUUGUGCCAUUGGCACAAAAACAAAAAUAUCUGCAUGUUGUGGCAGAUCUUCUUCCAUGGUAUCUUAAAUACUGGAUGGAUGAAUGCGUUUCACAAUUACUAUAAUGGAGCUGCCCCAUUUUAUAGGUAGUACAGAAAAAUAAAAAGUUUGACUGCAAAUGCAUUGAAAAUGGCAGUCAUGAACAUUAUACUGAGAAGUGGGAGAACAGAAUUCUAUUGAAUAUAUUUUUGUUGUAAUAAUUAAACCGAUAGCUUUAAUGAGUUUUGAUUUUUUUUUUACAUUUUUGCCUGAAGAAUAUCAUUUGAUAUAUGUUUAAUGUUUCUAUCAGUUUGGUCGGUUUCCUUUCAUGUGAACUUAACAUUUUCAAGUCUUCAGUCUUUCCACUGUUUGCAACACUCACUCUGAUUGCUUAUAUUCCUUUUAAUGCUUAUGAAAACUUGCUUUAUAGGACUGGUUGCUAAGGUGUAGUUCUACAGAUUGUACACUUUCUACAUUGUAAUAUGUUCACAAAAUAUUAAGAUGUCUCAUAGUCUUUAUGUCUUACUGGAUUACUCAUAAAGGCAUUUGUCUUCCUUUUCCCUUCAUUUUUAUCUUGGUUCAGUUCGACAAACGUAGUCAUUUCACAGCAUUAACAAACAAAAAAAAAAAAAUAUAAAAAAAUGAAGGCAAAGCUGAUCCUUUCAUGCUUUGAUGAUAAUGUUCAAACACUAAUGUGAAUGUUUUUAAGAAGGGCUAUUUGUUGCUUACUUUCCAUUUCUAACUUAAUAAUAUAUAUUUUUUGAUCUAGGUUUUAGGUACCCAUACUGAUAAUUAUUCUUAUGGCUAAUAUUGUCAGAAAGUUUACCUGAACUUAAUGUGUCAUCUGCUGCAAACUAACUGAUUUUACUCAUCCUUAGUUGAAUACAUCUUUCAUCUAUCCUUGGCAUGCUAUUUAUUAAACAUAUCUUGGCCUGACUAUUCAGACAGAUACAUUUGCACUGCUAGUGUGAAAUAUACUAUGGUAAAUGAUGUGUUACAAACACCAACCACAAUCUAAAACAUUUUGCCCUUUAUACCCUUGUACUUCACAAGCUUGCAGCAUCCUGGAUGAAAGGCAGUUUACCAUGCAGCACAAUCAUAUUUAAAUGAUGAAUUUUGGUGAACUUUCUAUCUAACACACUUCUCCAGCUGCCUGCUUCCUUCUCCCAAGAAAGGCCACAUAAGGAGGUAGAGUAUCCACAGACUUCAUGUGCAAAUCUGUUAGUUUCUCAUAGAAUAACGUCGGGAUGACAGACCUGACCCUAGUUUCCUUAUUAGGGCCACUUUUCUAAAGUUCACUUGUACCUUUCAUCCUCCAGUCCCCAUGGGCUAUUUCUAUUUCUAGGUAUGAUAAAAUGCUUUUCUAAAGGUUGCUCACACUUCAUUCAGGCGUCCUUUUGUCCAGAUUAUUUAGAUAGACUGACAGACAGUCAGACAGGUCAGUAAUGUAGGUAAUUAUACAUGUGCAUAAUUGAAUUCUCUCAGAGUUGGUAGAUAUAUAUUUUCUGGGGGUGGUGGGGUGCAGUGAGGGCUUGCUCUUCUCCAGUGUUUUAUUUCAGCUUCUUGGAGCUCGACAUUUCGAGUGCCGACAUUGGAAUAGAGAGCCCAUAUAGAUAUAUGUGUGUGUGUGUGUGUAUGCAUGUAGGUGUGUGUGUGUGU